GGAUUCUUUAAAGAGCUACAGUGAAGUGUGAAGAUCGAAUCAGAGAAAAUGGAUUUCAAAAUUCUGCUGCUGAUCCUGUGCAUCACCUUCACCGCAGUCCAAGGUUUCAUUCCUCCAUGCUGCAUUGCAACAGCUCCAAUAAGGGGAGGACUGCUGAAAAGAGUGGAGAAAUUCACCAUACAAAAAAUUAACGGUCGCUGUGAUAUUAAUGCCCUUGUAUUGCACGUUAAUGGGAAGAGAUACUGCGCACCAGUGAAGCAAAAGAAAUUACUUCAAAAACUGAGACCAACCCUGAAAGAACACGAAAAUAACUAAGACCUAACAGAGAUGCUGUUUUUACUGCCAUGUCAUAUGCCAGUACAAUCAUGCUGAUUAGUUCUCAUUUCCUGUUACUUUACUUUUUUUUUUAUAAUUGUUUAUAUAUAAAUACAUAUAAUUUCACUAGAAGCUAUAUUUGCAGAUAUGUCUCUCAUUCUCCUCAACAAUUCCAAUGAAAAUAAAUCUUGUUGUUAAUGUGACUGAAACACCCCUGGGGUUAUUAGAAAUAUGUGUUUAAUAAUAUAUUAUUUUAGUCCUAAUGUCUGCUUUGAGCUUUGUUCAUUUCAGAAAAUAAUGUUUGAGGGUAUGUUUGUGAUUUAAAGCACUAUAAAUGUUUUAUCUUGAAACGGCUAAACAAUAAAAGAUGCCGGGUUUA